GUCGAAGAGCCCGGAAGCCGGUUGGGCGCGAUUUCCGGAGAGCCGGCAAACUGCGUGCGCCGCCGCGGGGGACGGGUUUUCGCUGUCCGUAACCGACAGAUCGAAGUCAGCAUGUUCCGGCUCGAGAACAUGGGGCCGAAGCUAGACCCCGAGGAGCUCAAGCGCAAGAUGCGUGAGGAUGUGGUCUCCUCGGUCCGCAACUUUCUCCUUUACGUGGCCCUGCUGCGCGUCACACCCUAUAUUUUAAAGAAGUUGGACAGCAUAUGAAGAUAGAGACAUUGGCAUGUGAGAGCAUGAACUUCAGAAUAUGGUUACGAUUUCUCUUCCCAUUUGCUAAUAAACAGGCACAAAAUGACAACAGAGACUUUUGGUACUGAAUAGAUAUGAAAACUCCGCUUACUAAGAAUGAGUUUGACCUCAGUGAAAAUGCUAGCAACUGAAAGAAAGCAUGAAGUUUUUUUCUCUUUGACACUGUUUAAGAAAUGUUAAGCAGACUUCUUUGGUCUCAUACUGCUGUGUUGGUAUCAUACAACCUUCAUAAAUUUUGAUUCAGUUGUAAAUAGUUUUAUCAAACUACAUUUUGUAGUGAAUACUAAUUGUAAGGGAGCUACCUCUGAAAUUAUCUCAUUACUUCUGUUGAACCUCCUGCCUCUGUGAGGAAUAUGCAUUGUGAAAGAUUUUCUUGUGAUUACUUUUGUUGAAAUUGAUACCAUUAUGAUAGUUAGCACAGUACUGUUAGUCUUUAUUUUUAAUAAAUGUGCCAUUUUUAAAAAGUAUUA